UCAACAAACAAUGCAGACCAAAGGAGGAGGAGCACUCCCUAUUCCCUAUUUCUUUCUCUCCCUUCUUCUCUUUCUUCUUCUUCUUCUCUUUUCCUCUUGAUUGUUGUCUUCCCCAUCCUCCCCUCUCUCUUCCCCCUUUCUCACGUAUCACUCCCAACCCUCUCGUACAUAUACUCCAGCAGCAGCAUCAUGUCCAGCCAAAUCAUCGUCGUCGGAGGUGGUCUCUCCGGUCUCAGCGCCGCUCACACUAUUCUCGAGCACGGCCUCAAUGUCCUUGUCAUCGACAAGAACGCCUUCUUCGGAGGAAACUCGACCAAGGCCACCUCCGGAAUCAACGGUGCCCUCACCAAGACUCAGAUCCAGCUCGGCAUCAAGGACUCCGUCGAGGCUUUCUACGAUGACACCGCCAAAUCUGCUCGUGAUAUGCUCCGCCCUGACCUCGUCAAGGUCCUGACCGGCCGAUCUGCCUCUGCCGUCGAGUGGCUCCAGGACAAGUUCCAGCUGGAUUUGUCGCUGGUCUCCCGUCUCGGAGGUCACUCCUUCCCCAGAACCCACCGUGGCAAGGAAAAGAUGCCUGGUAUGACUAUCACCUACGCUCUUAUGGAGACCAUCGAGGACCUCAGCGUCUCUCAGCCCGACCGCGUCAAGCUGAUCAAGAAGGCCCGUGUGACCAACCUGAUCAAGGAGAACGGCGCUGUCGUCGGUGUCGAGUACGAGUAUUUGAACGAACCCGGCAAGAAGGUCCAGGCCUGGGGCCCCGUCGUCCUUGCCACCGGAGGAUAUGCUGCCGAUUUUAGCAGCGAUUCUCUCCUGAAGCAGUACCGCCCCGAUCUCUGGGACCUGCCCACCACCAACGGUGACCACACCACCGGUGACGGUAUCAAGAUGACCCUCGCCAUCGGAGGCAAGACAAUCAAUAUGGAGAAGGUCCAGGUCCACCCUACUGGCUUGGUUGACCCCAGAGAGCCCGAUGCCAAGGUCAAGUUCUUGGCUGCUGAGGCCCUCCGUGGUGUCGGUGGUCUUCUGCUGCAAGCCGAUGGCAAGCGCUUCUGCGAUGAGCUCGGUCACCGUGACUAUGUCACAGGCAUGAUGUGGAAGAACAAGUUCCCUAUCCGCUUGGUCCUCAACACUGCUGCUGCCAAAGAAAUCGAGUGGCACUGCAAGCACUACGUCGGCCGUGGUCUGAUGAAGUACUUCAAGAACGGAGAGGAGUUGGCCAAGGAGAUCGGUAUCCCCCCAUCUGAGCUGAAGAAGACCUUUGACGAGUACAACCUCAUUGCUGAAGGCAAGGCUAAGGACCCAUGGGGCAAGAAGUACUUCCAUAACAUCCCAAUUAAGAUGGAUCAGGACUUCCACGUUGCCCAGAUGGCUCCAGUUCUUCACUACACCAUGGGAGGAGUUGAUAUCAAUGACGAGGCCAGCAUCAAGGAUUUGAGCGACAAGGCCAUCCCUGGUCUCUUUGCCGCCGGAGAGAUGUGCGGAGGUGUUCACGGUGCCAACCGUCUCGGUGGUUCCUCCCUUUUGGGAUGCGUCGUCUUUGGCCGUACCGCUGGUGACUCUGUCGCGAACUACGUAAAGUCCAACCCCGUCAUCGGAUCUGGUGCCAAGGCUGCUGCUGCUGCUGCUGCUCAGACCAUCUCGCUCCCUGGAGGAUUCACAACCUCAGUCACCGUUGAUCCCCAGAGCCAGAAGAUUAACCUCGAGAUCAGCUGGGGCGGUGCUGCCAAGGCCGCAUCAGCUCCAUCAGCACUUGCUGCCCCCGCUGCGGCUGAGGCACCUAAGAAGUUGCCAGCGAUCUCUGCUGCCGAGGUUGCCAAGCACAACACACCCGAGGACUGCUGGGUCAUUGUCAACGGCCAGGUGCUGGAUGUGACAAAGUUCUUGCCCGACCACCCCGGCGGAAAGAAGGCGAUCUUGAUCUUUGCUGGUCGCGAUGCUACAGAAGAGUUCAACAUGUUGCACAAGCCCGAUGUCGUCGAGAAGUAUGCGCCCGAGUCCUUGAUCGGUGUCCUAGACACGAACGGCCUGCCUGCACGUCCAUCCAAGAUCUAAAAGUGUUGCUGGUGUGUAAGGGAGGAUAGACCGAAUUUCUUUCUUUUUUGCUCUUCAGCUGUGCUUUCUGUACCUAGUUGUCCAUAUACUAUUCGCAAUGUAAACUGCUUAAAAUAAACGCCAUCGUUUGCCUACAG